UAAACCAGGACCUGGUGCUUUAAUAAAAUCAACAAGAGAGAUAAACCCUUAGCCAGAAUAACCAGAGGGCACAGAGACAGUAUCCAAAUUAACAAACUCAGAUUGAAAACAGAGACAUAACAACAGAAACUGAGAAAAUUCAAAAUACUAUCAGAUCCUACUACAAAAGCGUAUACUCAACAAAACUGGAAAGUCUGGAUGAAAUGCACAAUUUUCUGAACAGAUAACAGGUACCAAAGUUAAAUUAGGGCCAGAUGAAACAUCUAAUCAGUCCCCAUAACCCCGAAAGUAAUGAAAGCAGUCAUUAAAACUCUCACAACCAAAAUAAGCCCAGGACCAGAUAGGUUAAGUGCAGAAUUCUAUCAGGCCAUAAAAGAACACAUAAUACCUAUGCUCUUCAAACUAUUCCACAAAAUAGGAGCAGAAAGAACUCUAGGGGGUGUCUUCCGACGUCGCUCUGAGGAAGGUUCACAAACAGGGUUUCAGCCUUUAAGCUAGAGUUUGUAACUGCUGUUGACCUCCUUUGCAAAGGCCCAGAGCACCAGGUCAGAGCUCUGAGCCUUGGGUCUCCAACCACAGGGCCCCACCCCAGCGUGGAACUCUGUACGAGGGGAGCGCGGGCGCUGGCCGGACACAGACGCGAGUGCAGGAGAGGCCAGCUAAUACUCCAAGGCGUUUCCUUCCGAGUUCUUGCGAGAGGAGCCGAGUGAGGAGGCGGCAGCGGCGUGUGGUCGCGGGCUCUUGAGCUGCGGCUUUCCUCGUCUGAGACGAGGGCCGCUGCCUCCGGGAGAUGCGCGUGUCGCGGACCCGCGGUCGCCCCGGGAGUUCAUGCUGCGUGCGAGGCUCGCAGCCGCCGCUCUAAUCGCCCGGCGUCUCCGCCGCGCCCGCUCGGCCCGCGGUGAGCCUCCCGGACCCUGUCCCUCGCGCCGCGGCGGCGAUGACCGGGGAGAAGAUCCGCUCCCUGCGGAGGGACCACAAGCCCACAAAGAGGACGAGGACGUGCUGGAGCCCUGCGAGGAGGAGGCGACGGCCGCGCUCGGCGGCGCCUUCACUGGGGACAGAAGCGGAGUGGGCGGCAGCGGCAAGGGCGGCAAGGCCUGCCCUAAGAUCUUCAGCUACCACCACCGGCUGCAGCUGAAGGCGCCCGCUGCGCCCGGCCCCGGCGUUCCGGCCCCGCCGCAGCACAACGCAGUGACAGCCACCUGCCUGGCUCCGGCCUGCCUGGGCAGUAACCCGGUUGUGGUGGCUGACGGAGGCAGCUGCCCCUCGCUCUACCCGGUGCACGAGUGCGUCUUUAAGGGGGACGUGAGGAGACUGUCCUCGCUUAUCCGCACGCACAAUAUCGGACAGAAAGAUAAUUACGAAUGUGCACAUUUACUGUUGGCUCACAAUGCUCCAGUAAAGGUGAAAAAUGCUCAGGGAUGGAGCCCUCUGGCGGAAGCCAUCAGCUAUGGAGACAGACAGAUGAUCACAGCUCUUCUAAGGAAACUCAAGCAGCAAUCUAGGGAGAGUGUUGGAGAAAAACGACCUCGAUUGUUAAAAGCCCUAAAAGAGUUAGGUGACUUUUACCUAGAACUUCACUGGGAUUUUCAAAGCUGGGUGCUUUUGCUUUCCCGAAUUCUGCCUUCUGAUGCCUGUAAAAUAUACAAGCAAGGUAUCAAUAUCAGGCUUGACACAACUCUCAUAGACUUUACUGACAUGAAGUGCCAACGAGGGGAUCUAAGCUUCAUCUUCAAUGGGGAUGCUGCACCCUCUGAGUCUUUCGUAGUGUUAGACAAUGAACAAAAAGUUUAUCAGCGAAUACACCAUGAGGAGUCAGAGAUGGAAACAGAAGAGGAAGUUGAUAUUUUAAUGAGCAGCAAUAUUUAUUCUGCAACUUUAUCAACCAAAUCAAUUUCUUUCACACGUGCCCAAACUGGAUGGCUUUUUCGGGAAGAUAAAACAGAAAGAGUAGGAAACUUUUUGGCAGACUUUUAUCUGGUGAAUGGACUUGUUCUAGAAUCAAGGAAAAGAAGAGAGCACCUUAGCGAGGAGGACAUUCUGCGGAAUAAGGCCAUCAUGGAGAGCCUGAGCAAAGGUGGGAGCCUGACGGAGCAGAACUUUGAGCCGGUUAGAAGACAGUCUCUUACCCCUCCUCCUCAGAACACUAUUACGUGGGAAGAAUACAUAUCUGCUGAAAAUGGAAAGGCACCACACCUGGGCAGAGAACUGGAGUGCAAAGAGAGCAAGAAGACAUUUAAAGCCACUGUAGCCAUGAGCCAGGAAUUUCCUCUGGGAAUUGAGUCAUUAUUGAAUGUUCUAGAAGUAAUAGCACCCUUCAAGCACUUUAACAAGCUUAGAGAAUUUGUUCAAAUGAAGCUUCCUCCUGGCUUUCCUGUAAAAUUAGAUAUACCCGUGUUUCCCAUGAUCACAGCCACUGUGACUUUUCAGGAAUUCCGAUGUGAUGAAUUUGAUGGGUCCAUCUUUGCCAUCCCUGAAGACUACAAGGAAGACCCAAGUCGUUUUCCUGACCUUUAACUGAUCCCGAAGAGCAAGAGGCUUCAGGUGGCAGGGACUGACCUUCGUUCAGCAGAGAGAACACAUCAGUGAUGUGAUGAAAAACUGACCUCUAAUGAAACAUCCACAGCUUCCUGAUGUGCCAUUCAUUCCUCUUUUUAAAGUCACUUCCUGUCUGUGCUAGUUUGACACCCAGUGACCCCAAGACCUUCCUAUGUAAAGCAGCUGUGAGUGCUGUGAUUUGUUUUUAAAGAUUUUUACACUUCUUGUUGAAAUAUAUAUCAUAUGAAUAUAUCUAUAGCUAUAUCUAAAACACACCUGGACCAUUAACGUCAAUUCCGUGUCUAUGAAGUCCUUUGAAAUGUGUCACCUCUAUCAGGUGGCAUGUAUAAAUGUUCCUUUAAACUAUGUUUUCAUCAUCAUGUAUAGUUCUGUAAUUUGAAUGUUUAAUCAACUAGAAGGAAUGCAGUUUUCUGAGGUGAACAGAGCAGUGGUAACUAUUGAACAGUUGCAUUUACAGCCUGUUGCAAUACAUUCCGAGGGAACACUCCUGCAGGGAAUGCGGUGCCCCCACCCCCACCCCACCCCACCCCAACCCCAGCACUUUGCUAACAGUUGCAUUUACAGCUGCAGUGCAUCCGGAGGGAGGGCUCCCUGCAGGGGAUGCGGUGCCCCCAGCACCUUCAUGCAGCUCAUCCUGGUGCUCUUUGUUUCACCUGAAUCCUUUUUCAGUGGAAACUGUUUGUUACUGAUCUUCCUUUCAUAGAACCUCAAUUUUUUUUCCUAAACUUGAGUUUAAAGGUCCUUGUUCUGUUGAUAGGUACAGUAACAUGCUUACAGCUAGCCCUUUCCUUAGUAUCAGCACUUUAAACAAAUUCCAAAUUUUAAACUUGCUUCCUAGUAAGUGCACGUAAGUCAGAUUAUUUUUAAUGGAAUAUGGAUGCAUUGGUGUCAAUUUAAAAAAAAACAAAACAAAACAACGUAUUUUGGACAAUUAUGUAUGUAACGCUUUCAAAAUAAGGUAAAAACAUUUUAUAUGCUACAAUAUAUUUGUUAUAGGCUAAAAGUCCAGAAACACACAUGAUUGAAAGUUCAUUUUUUUCUUUUAAGUCACAGGAAAAUAACUAUUGAUUUGUCUCCAGAGUAUUAAAAUCAUGCAUUACUCAUUUUUGCACCUAAAAUUUGUCAUAUUUAUUACAAGAUGGUUUAAAGAACCAAGAAUGAAAAUAAAUUAGAAUAAUGUUCAAAUCAUAACAGUAUCAUGUUGUAUUAAAGACUUAGCUAAAUGUUUGUGUCCUGAUGAGAUGUGUCAUGGAUGCACCUGUCAGGUUGUUAUAGAAUGUUUAAACUUUGACCAAGACUUUUAUUGAAAGAUGACUUAUUUAAAAUUCCAAAGUGUCAGCCGUAAGAUAUUUAUCUCUUUACAGUUGCAUCUCAGAUAGUGAUACCACCUGGCAUAUGUUGACAUUUUAUUUUUUAUAAAAAUGAUUGCAUUCAAAAAAAUCAAAGCCCUAAUCACUCCAGUAAGUGAUCUGUUCAGUUUUAAGAACUGAGAAGCCCAAAGCUAGCAUGAUGGAAUGGAAGUUAUCCCUGCCAGACAGUGGCUGAUUCGGUGACUUAGCUACUCAAUUAAUUCUGUUGUCAGUCAUGAGGUCCAAGGUUCUGAAAGGCAAUGAUCAUUGUUGCUUUAGGCUCCUUGGCUCGAACAUAAAGGAAAAAAUGAUAAAUUUACAGCUUGGGAUUUAGAAUUUCUUAACAUAUGUGAAUAUUUUGCUGGGUUACACUGGAGAUAGGACUACUGAAAAUUGUUGCACUGGAUUGUACUACUGAAAAUUGUUGCACUGGAUUGUACUACUGAAAAUUGUUGCACUGGAUUGUUUUGACUUCAAUUUUUCUUUAAUGAAUAGUAGAAUCAGAUUGUCCAUUCCAAAAUGUUUUUUCUCUGAUCACAAAGAACAAGUGUAUCUCUUAUGAUGGUGGGAAAAAAGGAGUUAAUUAAUGCAAAUAAACUUUUCACAAUAUUAAAAAAAAAAA